UUUCGACCCGCGACCUACCAGAAAUAUCGAUAAGCAUUGGUAGCGCUAAUACUCUUCGCGAUUCGCGCUGGUACGAGAUCAGUUGACGUUCGUGCUCCAAGAAGCAUAAACGGUUCACUCUCAAACGUAGUCAUCAUCGGAUCAAGUCGACGGGACAUCGUUAAUUCUAAAGGAGUGCUAAAGAGACGGUUGAUUUCAUUCUAGUCUGUUCUUGUUCGCGUGAACACCUUUCGACUGUUCCCUCUGAGCCUCGAGUUUCGAGCGCGUUGUUAAAAAUAUUUCGACAAAAUUUGUAUAAAUCUCUCCUCCUAGCGAAGAACGAUAGGCGUAGAUUUAUCGAAUAAAACAUGAUAGAUCGUGUCGAUGGCGACGAAAAAAUGGAAAAGGAGAACGUAGCUACCGAGCAACAGCUCGUCGACGAAAAACUAGGUGAAAGUGAAAAGAAUAUCAAGAAACGUGAGAUGUCCAGCCAACUCUACGAAAACAAAGGGAGGAACUUGAUUAGUAUCGAGUUGAAGGAACAAAUGAAGGAUAUAAAGCACGAAAUUUCGGAAGACCUCAAUAACCGAAUGAUCGAUGCGAUGCUAAAUAUACUGCGAAAAAUGGACAGAGCAACGAUUCACGAGAUGAAAGAUUUUAUCGAGACAGAAAAGUACUGUAACAGAAGGAAAUCUACGAACGACGUUCUACCCAUUAAACAAUUCCUUCAUAGGAAUUCCAUGUUGACCGAUCUUUACGAAGUCAAACACAUUCGCACUAUUUAUAAUGUCCUAGUAUCGUCUCUGAUAUUGCUGAUGAUACAUACAGCCAUAAACGACAUGCGAAUCACCGGAUUACCCAACCUGGCUAUCGGCACAGUGCGACGUGGUUUUGGUAAAUUUCCAAUGGUAUUUUGCAUUUGGUCCCUUAUGAAAGGUUCAACGUUAUGUGUUCACGCAGCCUUUUCCUACUGGGCCACGCAACGCGUCAAAUGGCCACCGAAAUCAUUUGCCAGGAACCUGUGGGACUACACGUGGGUAGCAGGCAUCGUUCUCUACUAUACCAUGUUCAUCACACUUUCCGCGGGAGCUGUGCUCCAUCAAGAUCUACCCGUAGCAUCCAGUACAAUAAUAAUUAUGGAACAAAUACGAAUGGUGAUGAAGAUACAUGCCUUCGUGAGAAGCGUGGCACCGAGAUUUCUGUCGUACAAGCCUCACUCGGACACACCGCAGCCAAAAGUUCCAGAUUUUUCGACGUUUGUUUACUUCAUGUUCGCCCCGACGUUGAUCUACCAAGACAGCUAUCCUAGGGCAAAACGCAUUCGGUGGAACAUUGUUCUGAUUAAUUUCGCCGAGGUAUUGACGAUCAUCUUUUUCGUGGCAAUUAUCUACGAACGGAUACUGGAACCGACUUAUCGCGAUUAUGGAAAAGAACCGAUAGACCUUGAAAUGCUGCUCCUAAAUAUACUCAGUUCGAUACUGCCUGGAGUAAUUCUAUUUGUCAGUGGAUUUUACUGCCUUCUGCAUUCUUGGAUGAAUGCCUGCGCGGAGCUAUUACGAUUCGCCGACAAGAUGUUUUAUAAAGACUGGUGGAAUUCGAACAGCUACAGUACGUACUACCGCACCUGGAACAUCGUGGUCCACGAUUGGCUGUAUACGUACAUCUACAAGGACGUCUAUGAAAACUUAACAUCGCGGAACAAGAAGCUGGCAGUCUUCAUGGUGUUCGCUACCUCGGCGGUCUUCCACGAGUAUAUCCUCUGUUUAACGUUCAAGUUCUUCUAUCCAGUGUUGCUUGUUUUAUUCGGUGGGGUAGGACUCGUCAUGUACGUGUUAAAUUCGGCAGGGAAUAUCUUGAUAUGGCUCAGCUUGUGUCUAGGCAAUGGAGUGUUAGUCAGUUUUUACUGCAUGGAAUAUUUCGCGAGAGUCAAUUGUCCUCCCACUCGCGACGAUUUCUUUGAUUUUAUGAUCCCAAGAAGCUGGACUUGUAUUUACAAUUGAGCAGAGUUCGACGAGAUUCACGUAGGUUUACAAUCACUUAAAUUUCAUCUUCGAUAUUUAUAGACACCGGUUGAAAUUGGUACAUCUCAUUGUCAUCUUGGAGAUUUCGAUAGACGAUUCUCCGUUUACAUUAGUUAUAAAUACCAUUGAAAAGUUUAAUUAGUAUUAUUUCCAUAUAUCGUAUUUAAUUCGUCGAUGAUACUCAUUGAUAUAAGUUAGUUUCAUGUGAACGUGAUAUUGUACCAAACAGGAGUAAGUUGAUAGUCGAAGUAGUAAAAUAAACGAUUCUUAAUUA